GUACGUUUCAUAUUAACAAAACCGGCAUUAGUGUUUUUCUUUAUACAAGUGUCUAUAUCGUGAAAAAAUUAACAUUAAGUAGACAUAUUUCGCAUAAUAUAUUUUAUUUAUUUUAUAUAUUAAUUUAAAUAUAUAAACGAUACAAAAUGGUACGAGGUGGACGCGGUGGAAUGCUCAGAGGUGGAAGAGGAGGUAUGGGCCGUGGAAUGGGAUUUCCACGGAAACAAUUUCUACCAAGACAUCCAUUUGAUUAUACAUUAUGCGAAGCUGCAUUCCCUCGUGUGAAACCUGCUCCAGACGAAUCAGACCUUCAAUCUGCUCUUUUGAAAAAAAAUGCUGAUAUGUGUCCAACCCCGAAGGAACAGACUUCUAUCUUGAAUUUAGUAACAAAAUUGCAAAGUGUUUUGGAUAAUUUGAUCGUUGCGCCUGGAACUUUUGAAGCUUGUCAAUUAGAAGAAGUUAGACAAGUUGGUAGUUUUAAAAAAGGAACAAUGAUCAAAGGUCAUAAUAUUGCUGAUAUUGUUGUUAUUCUUAAAACACUACCAACUAAAACUGCAGUGGAAGCGCUUGGAACAAAAGUCAAUAAUGAUCUUAAGACCGGAAAUCCUAAAGAGGUCUUUAGACUUGUACAAACAGAACGUGGUUUUGAUAUUGCUAAUAACGAGGCCACUGUACGGGUAUUAAUAACAACGUUGCAUCAAAAUUUGCGUAAAUUGGAAUCAGAUCAACAUUUGGAUGUACAGAUUUGUCAAGGACACUUGGCAGCAAUUCGACAUUCACGUUGGUUCGAAGAGAAUGCCCAUCAUUCUAGUAUCAAGGUUCUGAUUAGAUUACUUAGAGAUCUUCGAAGUAGGUUUGAAGGUUUAGAACCAUUGUCACCUUGGAUGCUCGAUUUACUCGCACAUAAUGCAAUAAUGAAUAAUCCAAGUCGACAGGCAUUGCCAAUAAAUCAAGCUUAUAAAAGGGUACUUCAAUUACUUGCUUCUGGAUUAUUUCUUCCAGGAUCAGCUGGUAUAUCUGAUCCUUGCGAAGGUGGUAAUAUCCGUGUUCACACAGCCAUGACCUUAGAGCAACAGGAUUUAGUGUGUUUGACCGCACAAACACUAUUACGUGUUCUAGCUCACGGAGGUUAUAGGCCACUUUUAGAAGGUACAAAUAAACUAGCUGUUGAAAUGAGUGUAUGGGCUGGUGGUGUUGUUGCUAGUCCUUUAGAUAAAGCAUAUGAGCCUCCAACAGAACAGGAACAACAAGAGGAUAUGGAAGAAAGUAACGAAGAAAUGAUAACAGAAAAUGUAUAAUUUGAAUAAUUCAUAAAUUUCAUUGUAAGACGUAA